AUGUUCCAACUUGGGAGCCUUGUUGUCCUCUGCGGUCUGCUCAUUGGGACCUCAGACUCACUUUUGGGUGACUUAGGAAAUGUUGUGAAGGAUUUGGACGUUGCAAAUUCUGUUGGAGGUGAGUCAAUAUAGGUUCCAUCUCUAGAUGUGGGAUCACUUCAGCAAACCACGGAUUGGGCAUUAGCCAAGAGCAACAUUCUAGGAGCUUUGAACGCAUUGGACCUUAGCAAAUUAAACCCCUUUUCAUCUCAGAAUGGUUACGGGUUGCGAAUUAACAAACUCAGCUUCCUGAACUUGCAAGCUGAACCAUCUUCCAACCUCCAAGGCAUCGAUCUGAAGCUUCCCCUGGUUUUGGAUGCCUCUAUGACUCUGCCUAUCAUUGGAUCCAUGGUUGACGUCUCUGUUUCCUUGGACCUUGCAACUUCACUCGGUGUUCAAACCGAUGCCCAGACUGGCCUUCCCAAGCUGAGCAUAGGGCAAUGCUCAAGUGAUACUGACAAUAUCUCCAUUUCCUUGUUGGGCAGACGAAGCACCCUUGUCAACAGAAUAUUGGAUAGUGUCUCUGGCCUCCUUUCAAAGACAGUGACCAGUGUGCUGCAAAACCAAAUAUGUCCAGUGAUCGAGUUCUUAUUCAGCCAACUGAAUGUAAAUCUUACUCAAGACCUCCUCUCUACACUGACAGGACAGUUGCCAGUCUCCAUCUGA